AUGGGGCGGAAGGCGUGGGGACUGUCCUCAAGCGGGGAGAAGCCACCCGCAGACGUGCCCCCGGCUAAAAAGUCGGCUCCCUCUCAAGUGCCUUUCCUGAAGCAUGUUGGGUUUCUGGAGGGGACUCCUUGUGAGAUUCAAGCUGUCACUACAUCAGCACCCAGGGCCGCGGUGCGGGCUGCGCGGGGCGCCGGAUCCACGGAAGCCUGGGUCGGGCGCUGCGUGCGGGACUGUCGUCGCUCGUGGACGGGGCGCGAGCGCGCGGGGGACGUAGGGCGCCGACCUGGGGCUCCCCGGCGCUCCGGCUCCGCUCAGGGCGCCCGCUCAGGGGCCUCCGGCGCGAGGCCCCCUUCGUGGUCAAGAUGGCGGCGCCCAGGCGGGCCGCGCCGAGGUGAGCUGGAGCCGGGCCCGGAGAGGGGCGGGUCUGCCACGCCCAGGACUUGGACCCCGGGCUGGUCUCCCGUCUCCCGGGGAGCGGCGGGUGGGGAAAAUGUACCAGCGUGUAUGCCUACUGGGACCACGUUUUCCAGAACAGUUAAGCCCAGUGUCAACUGUGCUGUCCCACCUUCCUCGACAUCUGCAGAUAUUUAUUUGAAUUUUGUUGAAUUGUUCUCAUCAAUAUUGCGGGGGAGUUUCCUGCCGGCGCGGCUGGAGUCUCUGUUUCUCAGGGUUCGGUGGCUGGAAGAUGCUCCAGAGAGACGAGGCUGCGGCGGAGGAGGUGGCGGCGGCCGAAUCGGCAACGGCGCUAGGGUGGAGAGAAGGCGGCGGCGGCGGCGGCGGCGUGCGGGGCCCAACGGUGUAAACAGCCCCGGAGGCGGCGGAGGCGGUGGCCAAGACCCCGAGGGGGAAGCGGCGGCUGAGCCAGGGUCGCGCCUCCGUUGGAAACCUGGGCUGAGUGCAGCAGAGGGGUUCUGCGGCGGGCGCGAGCGGACGUCCUAGACCUCGCCUCCCUCCCUCGCCCCAGAUUUCUGUGUGUGUGUGUGUCCCCAUGAUGAAAACAUCAUUAAAGUAAAAUAUCAUGAAUAGACUCUUAAGAAGCAGAGUCUACUGAAAGUCCUGGAAAAUAUGAAAGCACUAAUAUUCAUGGACAGCUCUACACUCUGAAAGUUACUCCAAAUGUUGUUGAUCUCUCUUUUGUCUAGGAGUUUUUCAAAUUUUCUCCCAUGAUCAUUUGUUAGUUUUAUAAUUACAUAAUAAAGGCAUUACAUCAUACAA